AUGUAUUUACCAGGCUGCACAUAUCCGUCAAAGUCUGACUUUGGCUCCAUCACUUCACCGUUUUUACCGGAGAACGGCACCGCUUUGCUGGACCAUAGCACCGCUUCAGGGAGAGGACUAUCGGAGUACCGGAGCUACUGUUACCACGAGCCGCUACAGCAGUGUGCUCCUCCGGGCAAAUGGACCUUCUACCAGGCCAACUGCCCCAUCACCUCCUGCUUCAACUUGCCGGGGGGAGCUGUCUAUCAUGAGUACCAGGGCGUAUCACCCCCGUCGGAACCGAUACUCAGCGGCAGUAAGGACUGUUUUUCAUAUGGCGGGGAGGUUUACGGUGCAUCAGAUCCACGCUUUCACGCACAUGCGUUUGCCGGUGACCCGCGGAGUUUCACCGGCAGCUACACGACGUACAACAGGGACUCACAGCUCCUCUUCCCGGCGGGGCGAAACACAAUUCUGCCGCCGGUUUUCGACCGGUUUUUAGAGUACGCAGAAGACGCAGAGGAUCCGAAAGCGGGCAUUACAGCUGGGAACCACCACGAGAAAGAGACGAAUCGCACCGAGUGGACGAGCGGAGAGAGCGGCGAGGUGAGGGCGGGGUCAGCGUCACCCUUGGCUCGGAAGGAGGGCGAGGAGGAUGCGCCGUCAUCCAGCGGCAGCGGGGGAGACGGCGGGCAUGACCGUAGGCCUUCGGGGAGUAGAAAGAAGCGUUGUCCUUACUCCAAGCAGCAGAUCAAAGAGCUGGAGAGAGAGUUUCUAUUCAACGUUUACAUCAACAAGGACAGACGCAUGCGGCUGUCCCGCCUCCUGCUCCUGACAGACCGACAGGUGAAAAUCUGGUUCCAGAACAGAAGAAUGAAAGAGAAGAAACUGAAAAGAGAGAGACUGCAGUACUUUGCACGAUACCACCUGUUCUGA